AUGAAUGCGAACCCUUCGGCCCCCCUCGAAGUCGAGCAAGGAGCCUUUGCGACAAACAACAACACCAACAUCAUCACCAACGAUAGCCAUUCGCGCCCCACCUCUGCCAGUUAUUUCCCCUACCACCAACCCUUACAGAGGGAACCAUUACAGAGGGCACCCACAGAGGACCAGACCGUGUCCAACACCCUAGCCAACUCGCUCAGCCCAGCCCAGCCAGACCAGCCAGACCAGCCAGACCAGCCAGACGACACCCUGCACCUCCCCCAGCGCCAGCCCAAGUUCACCGAGGAGUGGGAUGCCAGCGUAAGAGGGAGCAGCAUCAUCGACGGUCCCAUUUCCCAGCGACAGCCACCACAAGUCGCCAACAUGCAGCGCUCCAACUCGGUCGCCUCGCGUCGGUCCGAGGUCAUCACCAGCGACGGCGCGAGCAGCCAUGGCAUCUCCCUGUCGAGGGGCAACACCCUGAAGAAGAAGAACUCGAUGCGUAGGGGCGCCAGUCUUAAGCGGAGCAGCAGCCGUAGGAGCAACAAGGCCGGCAGCGUCAGAAGUCUGGCCCUGCAGAGCGCCCACGACGCCGACGACAUGCACAGCGCCUUCUACUGCCCUGUGCCCACUUCCGGGAACCCGACCGAGAUGCUCGCCUCCCGAUUCCACACCUGGCGCAAGAUCCUCAAAGACCUCAUCACCUAUUUUAGAGAGAUACAGACGCACUACGAGCACCGCUCCAAGUCGCUCCUCAAGCUCGCCAACGUCCUCAAUAACACCUCCACGCCGCCUGGCUUCCUUGCUUCUGGCGGCCUCGACGAUGCCCUGCAAAUUCUAAGAGACUACCACAAGAACGCCAUCGUCGAGGCGAACAAGGCUCGAGAGAUCGAAGAAGAUGUCAUCCUGGCCCUGACCGGCCUGAGAAGCGAUCUCAACCAGAAGAUGAAGGAGAUCAAGGGCCUGUCUGGCGACUUCAAGAACUCGGUCGAAAAGGAGAUGGAUGGAACUAGAAGAGCCGUCAACGCCCUGCAAGACGUAUUGGGCCAGAGCGAGUUAGACUCCUCCUCCACCACCGGCAAGCAAGAUCCUUACCUCUUGCGACUUGCUGUCGAUCGACAGGUCGAGCGCCAGCUUGACGAGGAAAACUAUUUGCACCAGGCCUAUCUGAAUCUUGAGACUUCGGGACGUGAACUCGAGUCUAUUGUUGUUGGCGAGAUCCAGAAAUCUUACAACGCGUACGCUGGUAUUCUUAAGAGAGAAUCUGACGCAGCCUACAACACCAUUGACGAACUUCGUGUUGGCCCCAUCGGCAUGCCCAAGGACCACGAGUGGACUAAUUUCGUCCAGAGGGAAUCGCAGUUUGUCGACCCAGAGGUCCCGGUUCGCUCGGCCGAUCACAUCCAUUACCCAGGAAGAGACCACUUUGCUUGCCAGGAAAUCAGGGCUGGUCUGCUUGAGCGCAAGAGCAAGUAUUUGAAGAGCUAUACAGCAGGAUGGUAUGUGCUCUCGCCGACUCAUCUGCAUGAGUUCAAGUCUGCAGACAAGACUCAGGCACCCAUCAUGUCUCUAUAUCUCCCCGAGCAGAAGCUGGGUUCGCACUCGACUGAAGGAGGCUCUUCCAACAAGUUUGUACUAAAGGGGCGACAGACCGGGACUAUGCAUCGCGGUCAUACGUGGGUCUUCCGUGCCGAGAGCCACGACACCAUGAUGGCUUGGUAUGAGGACAUCAAGGCCCUCACGGAGACGUCCCCGGAGGAGCUUAGUACCUUCGUCAAGGGGCACGCCCGCACCUACUCGCGAUCAUCCCAGCGUAGCAUCAGUAGUGACGGCAUGAUGGAUGACGAGGAUGAGGAGCCAUUCUCGGCCAACUCUGCCGUCGCCAGUCCGGGAUCUCGCCUUGACUCGAUACAGAACAGACCUGAGCCAGGUGGGCGUUUCCCGUCUGAUCUUCAGGUCAACGCACAGAGGGGCUUACAGGUGCCGCUCUCUCCUAGUAGCACUGGGUCUGGGUUUCACGAGAACGAGUACCCCAUGAGAGUUGCAUCGAAUACCAACUCCGACGCGGGUGUUAUAGCAGCUGCAGGUGUACUACUACCUGGCAGAGGUGCCGGGGAGCUUUAUCCCGGAAAUGGAACAUCACAAUCGGUUGGUCACUCCUAUGGCAAUACUCCUAGUAUCCGCAUGGAUCAAGCACCUAGCCAUGCAGCUAUAAUUGACCAGUCGGCAAGGGAAGACGGAGUGAACCCAUAUAGCGGAGAGCCUAUCCAGCCGCAACGACAGGACUCGGGCAGGUUCACUAACCCCCCAAUAGUAGUCGCUGGUCCCACGUCAGCAAGCAUGGCGCAGACGACGGCGGCAACGAGCAUGACCAGCUUAAGUCAAGAUUCCGGGCUUCCCAGCGCCUACGACGCGACAAAUGGUGGUAUAAGCGGUCCCGGCGCUCAACAGUCCUACCCGCCCCCUGCGGCAGACUAUGUGACGUUCAGGCAAGAGCAGCCGUCAGCGAGUAUUGGAAACGGAUCUAUGAAGCCACUGCCAACGGCGGCUACGGGAGAAGUACCAUUCGCAUCUCAAAAUGAACAGGUGAGGCCUCCAGGCCAUCGACAGAACAGUUCGCCUCAUGUUCCCGGCGAGUACCCGCGAACGCCCGGGCUGGAGUUUACUAGGUCGACCGAGUAUUGA